AUGGAGGUGUCUUGUCGAAAGGCAGCAGAAGGCACCAAGAAGUGUUGGAUUGAGCAUCUAUCUUCUCCAGAAGCGGCACGAAUGUCAACAUCGUGGCAUCUUGACGACGGCCGCGUACUAGUACGUUGCUUGAUUGUGAGAUGGCAAGCUGUCUGUCUGUCGGCUGUCGGAAAAUAUGCAUUGCCACAGUACGAGAGGCACUCGUCGUGGCUGGCCAUACAGUACAUGGGCUCCACGAAAUUUGCAGCUGCCAACAAAAUCAUGCAAGAAGAACCAGUCGACCGGCAAGCCAUGAAUGAAUGA